AUGAGUACUCCAACCUCAUUAUACGAUUUUUCUCAGGAUUCCAGCAUCUGGAGGCCUAAAAGUAAUACUAUAUAUAAUGGUGCCACUACAAAUGAAAUCUCUGACUCAGUAACAACGUCUGAUAUAAAGAGUAAUGAUAAAGGCCAACAUUCUACUCAACUUGGUAACAACUUUGUGAAUUCAAUUAAAAAGCAAAAAGAAGAGGCUCAUAGGCAGGUUAAUCUUGGAGUAAAUAUUACUUCAAUGUGGUUAAGUCAGGCCGAUUCGACUAUGACCCAAGCAGAUUCAAAUGAAAGCAAUAUUAUAAAUUCACAUUCAAGCUACAACAGUAGACGGCAUCAUGAUGAACCAAAGGGAUCCGGCGAUUCAGAAGGAUCGGACAAGGCGGCCUGGUCGGGUGAACCCCAUGAUGAGUCGACAGGUAAUAAAACUGAAAAAGAUAAAUUUUCAUGA